AUGGAAAACAAGGAGUUUCUACUACCUUUUGCAUUCACAAAGUCAUCAUCAUUCAAUGGUACAAACAAUUUAGAUACUACCCCGCGCAAAAAGGAAGUGAUUGAUGAAAACGCAAGUAGUUUCUACCAUACCAGAAAAACAGUAUAUGCUUUUGAAAAACCAAAGUUACAAGUGAAACCGCCUUCAUUAAAGCGUAGAAGAGGGGAAAGUUUUAAUGAUAAAUGUGAUGUAAAGAAAAUCAACUAUCAAGAUAAAGAAGAAGAAGAAGAAGAAGAGGAGGAGGAGGAGGAGGAGGAGGAGGAGGAACAAACUGGCGCUAAGUUAAUCGACACUGAUGAAGCCGGGCCGCAUGAUUCAUUACCACCUAGUAGUCCCCCGGCUUUGGAGCUAGACCAGAACCCUACACCAUUGAUGUCCGAAUUUGACUUUUGGACUAAUCCAACUACAAGUUUCCAAGUUCCCAAAUCACCGGUAGCAAAGACACAACUUGUUUCAAAAAUUUAUACCUUGCCUCAAAAAGAAUUGAAUUCAGACACAGAUUUUGGUAUUGACCGGUUUAAUCGAUACCAAGGCAGUUUCAAUGAAACAAAAAGGGACUCAGAUUUCUCAUCCACCGGCGAAGACAGUAAUUUAAACCAGCACUAUAAAGCGCAAAGUUUCAAUAAAGCUAGAAGCAUCAUACUUGAUGCUUUUGAAAAUUUCAAAAGUGAUAUAGAUUUGCAAUCAAUGAAUUUAUAUCGAAUACCUGAUGAGGUGAAAGAUUUAAACAAUUUAGUCAUUUUCAAUGACUUUGAUCAAGAUGAUCAAAGCAACGAUACUUCUAUACAGUCUCCUUACCAGCUAUACGUUGGUAAUAACAACUUGUCGGAAUUACCCCCGUCAUUAUUCAAGUUCAACAAGUUGCAAGUCUUGUCACUAAGACAAAAUAACCUAUCUUAUAUCCCGCCAUUGAUUGGGCAACUAACAAACUUGAUUGAUUUAUCGUUGAGCUCAAAUAAAAUCAAGUUCUUUCCCUUUCAGUUGUUAAGUUUACAAAAGCUAUUUACUCUAACAACUAGACCAAAUCCAUUAAUUGAAAAGCCCAAAGACGCUAUUGCCAUAUCCGAGCAGAAUGAACCAACUGCAUCAACAUUACGUACAACAGAUAAUAACCAUCGAUUCAAAUUGAGGGCACGGACCCCAAUUAAAUACUUGACCAAAAAACGAGCUAACAUAGUUUCACUAAGGGCCCUAUGUCUCGACAUUAUUGCUAAUCAUGAUGUCACCUACCAGGAAACAAAAGGCUGGAAAAAAAAUACCCCGAAAAUAUACCAUGGAUUAAUCAUUGAAGCUAUUAGAAAAGGGAAAUUUAAAGACAUGUGUAGUGAGUGCAGUUUAAUUGUGGUUGAGCCAGUGGCCGAAGUUUACGAAUGGUGGGAUAUCUUAUCCAAUAAGGAUGUCACUAUUCGUAGACAAUUUUGUUCAGGGAAUUGUAUAGAAAAAUACCUACUGAGUCGUAAUUAA